UACUUUUUGACAUCUUCUGUCUGCGAGAGCUACUUGUCAUCAUCAAAAGUUCGUGCGCAUUUUAUUUUCCCCAAAAAAAAGAUUUCACAAAAAUUCUUCAUUCAUCAUGGGCGGAAAAACAAAACAAGUACAACGAACAAAAAACAAUGCAAAGCCAUCCAACAGUGGACGAAGUGCUGAACUUUUGGGCACUUCAGUGCCAGCAUUCGUUGGUUUCUCUGCACACUCCGAUCUUGGAAUGAUACCAUUCGCUCCAGGAUUUACAACUACCGACAAACUACCCGAAACUUUUGAUUCCAGUGUUAGUAGUCAAUUCCAAUUAGUGCUACGCAAAAUGUCAAAAAAAGAUCCCAUCACCAAAGUGAAAGCUUUGCAAGAAUUCACCGAACUUCUCACAGAAUCCGAUGUUGACGUUGUCAAAGGCAUUCUGCCAUUGUGGCCAAAAUUCUAUCACAAUCUAGCCAAUGACGUCGACCAUCGAGUACGAGAAAGUGCUCAAAAUGUUCAGAAUUUAAUUGUGUCCAAGUGCCGCAAAGCUGUUGCACCUUAUUUGAAACAAUUAACACCUGUCUGGUUGGGUAGUCAGUUUGACAACUAUCCACCGGCAGCAAGUGUAGCUGCUACAAGUUUCCAAACUGUCUUUGCUCCCAAUAAAUUGCAGGAAGUUUGUUUAUUCUGCCAACAGGAAAUACUCGAAUAUAUUGUUCGUAAUUUGACUUUUUACACAGCUUCGACUGUGUCGAGUGCCAAAUCUUGUACACCAGAAGAUGCAGAGAAUAAAUAUCAACGGAUUGUGGCUUGUAGUCUUAAGUUGUUGUCAUUUUUCCUUGAGAAAACGGCGGGUUGUGAUUUGUCGGCGAGUAUGGAAAAGAUUCAGAGUUUAUUGGCACAUCAGAAAUUCUGGAGUUUUGCCAAACAUCGAACAGCUCAUAUUAAAUCAGCUUGGUUUGAACUUCUUUAUAAUGUUUUGCAAUAUCAUCCACAAUUGACAAACGAUAUUAAAGGACAACUUAUUCCCAUGUGUUUUCAGAAUUUGGAUGAUAGCGAUCCAUUGAUUGUAUCGCAUGUAUGGGGAUGUAUUUUACUUCUACAAAACACCUAUGAUGACUGGUAUAAAUCGAUAAAUUUCAAAAAGAACGUUCAACCCAAACUAACAACAUUCCUUCGUAAUGCAUGUGAUGGCAACGCUGAAGCAGUUUGUCCAAAUUUAUUACCCUUCUUAUCGAAAAUAACUCAAGAGAGUCUUCAAGAAAUCAACUUAGACGAUUUUCAUAAGAUUUUCUUUACCGACAUGAAAGAGGCAAUCACAUCGACCAAAGUAAUUUCCAAAUCAGAUUGCUCAUCUAUAACUGCUGCUUAUUAUGAAUGCAUUCGUUUUAUACUCCAACGACUCAAUUCUAGUGCAUCUUCUACUUCUGCUGAAAACGAUAAUGAACGAAUAAAUCAACUAUCACAAUUUAUUCUUGAAGAACUUAUCAACAAUCCUAUUCGAUGGGCUUGUUCUAAUCAAGGAAACGCUGUCAAAUAUAUCUUUCUUCAUACUUCAGCAUUGGUCGCUUAUUGGGCUGAUAAUUCUAAAUCUGAAUUAUUCACGAAACUUCUUGCAGGAUUUUGGGCUUCUCUUUCAGAUGACAUUGAAAAUAAACAAUUGAAUGAAAUUAAUGUCGAAAAUACUAUUACACUAAUAAAUAAUCUAUUUUGGGCUAAUCCUCCUCUACAAAGUCACAAGGUCAAAUUUGCUGCUGGCGAUGAAGAUGAAGAUGGAGACACUGUUGAUGGAGGAAAUCGACACAAGUCAAAAGCAAUACCUUCUUAUGUACAAAAAGAUUUAAGAAAAUUAGCUGUAAAAUUGGUGCGUUUAUGUCUAACCAAUAUGUCCCACGAAAAUCCAUUGCAAUAUGAAGCACAAAUCAGAAGCUUGACAAAGCUUUAUUCCGAUUCUCAGUUCUAUGUUGAACUAUCAGACAAAAAUGAUAUCGAAGAUGCAUUAAAUUCAUUUUCGGGACUACUUGCUAACUCAUCAGGUGCACCUUCCGAGGUUAUUGUGGAAAUCGUUUUCGAAAUACUCAACUAUAUGGAGAUGGAUAAAAAACUACAAUUUAUUGAUAAACUUUUGCAGACCAAAAAACCAGCCCUUCAACAAUGUUUACUUCAACGUCUCUUAUCUUAUCCCAUGUGUGUUGAGCCCAACGUUAGGGAAAUGCUCUCCCAAGAACAUAUAAUCCAAAUAAUUCUUAACACAGCCAAUGAAGUCCUCAUUGAUGAUUCCAAGGAAAAAUUCAAUCUUCUUCACAAAUGUUUCUUUCAAACAGAUUCUGGUGAUAUAUUAAUCAAUCAAAAAACAGUCGAUGGAAUACUUGAUAUCAUAUCGAAACCUCUAACAAAUCCUGAAGGAUUCGAAACCAUGAUCGAUCCAUGUGGUAGUUUUAUAGCACAAAUAAUGCCAGUUGUUUGUUCAAAGAAUUCUACAGAAAAAGCCCAAAAAGAAAUCUUUAUUAAACUUUUCCAAUUCACGAUUGAUCAAGUGAAAAGUGACGAUUUGUCUGAAGACACUCUGUGGGAGAUUACAACCUGCUGGCAGGAUGCUCUUUCAAGCGAAGACAUAGUCAUGGAUGAUGUUUUGCUCAAAAAAUGUACAAAAAUAAUAUCAAAUCGUUUAUCAUCGGAAACAAUGACUUGCAGUGAGAUUCAUAAUGUUGCCGAUAUUACAUCUUCACUUAUACUUUGUUCCACGGAAAAUAGUGAAGAUGAAGAUAAACGUCAUGAAAUUAUCGAUUCAUAUUUGGAGGUUCUUUUUAAGCCUAACGAAGAAUGUUUUGAUGAGAUUUAUAAGAAUGUUGCCAAAUUCUGUACAUAUCUUGAAGCUAUGAAUGGAAAAAUAGCCGUCAACCAAUUAGCUGAUGAUUCUUGUAAGGAUGUCGAGUUUAGUAAAUUCUUUAAGAGAAAUCUGUUAAAUGUAACAGCUCUUAUGAAAAUGGUUUGUGGUGCUAAAGUAUUUCGAGUUGAAAAGCCAACCGAUGACGAAGAAUGCACAGAAGAUUACUGUGAUCCAAAUGAGACGUUAUUAAAGAAAUGGACUGAAAAAAUGUAUAACAUAACUUUGGAGCUUAUGAAAAUCGCUGCACAAGCUGAAUCUUUAGUUUCCAAUUGUCUAAAGAUAACAAGUGAUCACAUGGUUAUUAUGUUGGAAUUUUCGGAAAAAGUCAAAUUGCUGCUUCAAGGUCUUGGUGAGGAACAAGUGGAAGAAAUCAAGGAUCGUCUUUUGAAAGAUGCUGCAUUUGAUGAAGUUGCUGCAACUAGAGCAAUUCCAUUCUUGAUUAAUAUACCUCAGUAUGCACAAUUUGAAGAGAGUGCCUUGAUUUUAUUGCUAGAAGAAUUAACUGAAUAUUUCAUCACUAGAGAAUCCCUUGCCAGCUAUGUUAAUUUGUUGCAGUUUAUAUUGCCAGAUCUAACACCAAAAGUAAUUAAUCAAGAUAAUCUUAUUCUACGAAGAAGUGGAGAUGUUUGGCACAAGUGUGUAGUUCUUCAGUUAUUGAUUAAUAAUAAUUUCAAUCAGGAAACCAAUGAGAUAUCUGAUAGGCAAAUUAUUUCACUUGCAUUAAAUUACAUAACUGAGGUUUCUGAGAAUCAAAAGAAAAUUAAUAAAGAACUACUUCUUUAUAAUACAGAUGUAUCUAAACAAGAGUUUGUAACUGCAACACGAACUGUUGAAUAUAUUAAACUUUUAACAGAAGUUCUUGAAAGGUUUCCCUAUGAGUUGACAAUCAAAAAUUGGGAUGCAAUUAGACUUGGAUUGAGUUCUUGGGUUUUAAGUGUUUCGAAGAGUAUAGAAAAUUAUAGAAAUUCAAAAGUUUCAAUAUUUGUAGCUGCAGUUUAUAAACUACACAAAGCAUUUGCUGAUUUUAUAAAAGCAGAAAAAACUAAAAGUUCAACAGAGGUGCUUUCAAAUGUGAUAGAUGAGUGGGAGAAUUUGUUUUCACCUGAAGUCAAUAUUGUGCUGUUUAAAAGCUUUUACAAUUUUGUUACUUUAAAUUCAGAUGAUUCUGAAAACUAUUCCUCCUGCUACUUAACAACGCUUAAUGAAAUUGCCGCCUCUAUUCAAAGCCUUGAUUAUGCUGUUGUCUACAACUCUAGCAAAAACAAUCAGAAGAUCACUCUACAAGAUCUAACCAAAUUUCUGCUGGGCAAAAUAUCUUCACCAAUUUACAGCCUUCGUAUAACAUCUGUACAUGUACUCAACGAACUAACGAAAUUCUUCAUUGCAAAUGAUAAGGAAAUAUUUGACAAAACAACAGAUUCUCUCGAUGCAAAAGCUCGUGAGGGUAGCACAAUGGCACCAUGGCAUUUCUUAAGUCGAUUCCAAGAACAUAUGGAAAUCUAUGAAGCUGCAAUUAUUAAAUACUUGGAUGAGUUUACUUUUAAACUUACGGAAUUACCUGAAAUGAAACCAAUUGAUAGAGAAGAAGGUCUUUCGUAUCUAUUCCUUUGGGAUUGUGUCAUUUAUGUAUGCGCAAAUGCUCCUGUUGAACUAAGAUCUGUGUACACAUCAUGGUUGACGGAAAAUAAAUUUGAUCAGAAAUUCCUUCAUUUUCUAUUUCGUGCAAUGCCAGUUGAGAUAUUAAAGAACCAUGAUUCAAAGCUUAUGAAUAAUGAAUUGUUUAAAGAUGUUAAUUGGAAAAAAACUAAAAGUGAAAAUUUACAAAUUGAUAAGUAUGCUUGUCAUCUUUAUUCAAUGGCACUGAGUAAAUUACCAGCAGUUGUACGCAAAUGGUGGAAUGGUUCUUACUCUCGACAAAAGGUAUUCGUUGAUAAGCUUACGACCAAUUUCGUUUCCGAAAUCAUAUGCCACGAUGAAUUGUCAACCCUUGGCAAGAUGAACGACAAAGAUAAACACAACAAUAUGCAGGUAACAGUUCAUACAUCGACUCGCGAAGUAAAUGCUGUUUAUGUGAUUGAUGAAGCACGAAUGGAACUUAUUAUUACUCUGGCUCCAAAUUACCCACUGGGUGGUGUUAAAGUUGAAAGUGGCAAGCAAAUUGGUGGUCGUGCUUCAUCACGAAAUAUUGCAAUGCAACUUACAAUUUUCCUUACACAUCAGAAUGGAUCAAUUUUCGAUGGACUUUCACUUUGGAAGAAUAAUUUAGACAAGAAGUUUGAAGGUGUCGAAGAAUGUUAUGUUUGUUAUACAGUCAUACAUCAAGAUACCUGCCAAUUACCUAAACUUUCUUGUAAAACUUGUCGAAAGAAGUUCCAUAGUCCGUGCUUGUAUAAAUGGUUUACGACAAGCAGCAAAUCAACAUGCCCCAUUUGCAGAAAUAUCUUUUAAAAAUAAAUUGUGUCUAUUCUUUCAUUAUGUGCUAGUUUAAUGUUUUUAUUUCAAUAAACACUUGAUAAUAAUAAUAUUA